CAAUAAGAUAUUCCUUUUUCUAGAAUAGUUUUUUACUCAAGCAGAUUCAACAAUACUUAAGUGACCACAUUGAUGCAAAUCAUUUGCACAAGUGUCAGAAUUUCACAUGGAGGCAUUUUCACGUAGCUAUUACCUUUGGAAGAUAUUAAGAGAGGCAGCACGAAAAACAACAGAUGGAGGCGGUUCUCGAAUUCACAUCCAACAGUAGUAUUCAAAACUGUCACUAUUUUCUUUUUACCUCCGUCCCAGAGAGAUCAAUAGUUUAUUAUAUAUCGCAACCAAAAACCCAGCUUCUCAUUGGAGGUAAAUUAGUUGAAUUAUGAAAAAAUUUACUCACUUAAUUAUAUUUCAUAAGUAUAUAUCGUAACAUUAAUUAAUUGCUUAAUUAUGAUAGGAUAAUAUUUUUUGAGUUUAUGUAAUACACACCAUUAGUGUAAAUAGUUUUUACACCAUCAUACUAACUUUACUUGGCUUCUAGCAGUUAACAUAUCUUAUUUUAAUAUUUUCAAAUACUAAUUUUAAGAAAGCUUACAGAUAAAUAUCCUUAUAGUAAAAAAAAUAUUUAGACCGACAGAUAUAAAACUUAAAACUCAUGUGUUUUUAAGGUGAACCCAGGAUUUUUUUAUUAAUUCCUACCGAUUGCACUAACCUUGCUGAAGUAAUAAAUAAAGCUACGUACAUAGACACAGUGCACCUAACUGGUUCAAUCAUAGAGUAGCUAGUUUCGUGUUCUCUUUGUCACUUUUCAGUUCUGCUUGGACAAGGCUCUAUCUCUACCAGCAAAGAGGUUGCAUCUGCAACUCAGCUCAGUAUCUGCUUCUUCAUAUUGCGUAAGACAAGUAUUUGCCGUCUUAACACUUCUUUUUUCUCUUUUUUUUUUUCCCCACUUAUUGGUUUUAGGUACCUUAAUAUCUUGCUCUAUCUUUUUGCUACCAUCUUUAUUAUAUAUUUUAGCAGUUUGACCAUUUCCAAGGAAUCUUAUUUUGGGAUUCUUGGAUUUGAACUGUAGUUUAGGUACUAGUAUCCUUUGAAUUGAGUGCCUUUUUAGAUUGUUACCAAGAUACUAUUGGUAACUUGUAAUCUUCUUAAUUGGGGUUAGAUUUUUCAAAUCUGAAGGUCUUUCUGAGACCCACCUUGUAAAGUUUCAAUCUUUACAAGAACUUCAACUGAUUUUGGGGUUUAAUAAAGGUUCUGGAAAGUUCCUUAGUGGUUUCAAGCUAAAAAAUGGAACCCUCAUCUGCUGAAAGUCAGGCCAAUAUGUAUUAUAGUAGACAUUACCUUGUAUAUGCUGUUCUACCAUUGUUGAAACUCCUAUGUUUAACUGUUAUUGGCCUAAUUCUUGCACAUCCAAGAACCCAAUUAGUUCCUAAAGCUACUUUUAAGCUCCUUAGUAAGCUUGUAUUUGCUCUCUUCUUGCCUUGUACUAUCUUUAUUCACCUUGGUGAGACUAUUACUGUUCAGAAUUUUUUGCGCUGGUGGUUUAUACCAGCUAAUGUACUUCUCAGUACUGCAAUCGGUUGUCUGUUGGGGUACUUGGUAGCUAAAAUUUGCAAGCCGCCCCAGGAGUACUUUAGGUUCACUAUCAUUGCGACUGCAUUUGGGAAUACGGGUAAUUUGCCUCUUGCCAUUGUUGGAUCGGUGUGUCAUAGUAGUGACAAUCCUUUUGGUCCGGAUUGUUACACAACUGGUGUGUCUUAUGUGUCGUUUGCACAAUGGGUUGCAGUGUUCCUUGUUUACACUCUUGUUUACCAUAUGAUGGAGCCCCCGUUGGAGUACUUCGAUGUUGUUGAAGACGGUGGUGAGAUUCAGGAGCCGUUACCUAGUAAUGAUCUAAGUAGGCCACUUCUUGUGGAAGCUGAGUGGCCUGGUAUGGAAGAUAGAGAAACUGAGCAUUGCAAGACGCCUUUUAUUGCACGGGUUUUUGCAAGUGUCUCAACCCUUUCGAGUAGUUCUAUUCCUGAUCCUGAUAGUUUGGAUAGUUUGGAGGAAUCGCCACCAGCUCCAAGGAGUCCAAAAUCUAUUAGAUGUUUGGCGGAGCCCCGGAUGGUUAGAAAAUUAAGAAUUGUUGCUGAACAAACGCCAGUUCGCUAUGUUCUCCAGCCUCCGAUGUUUGCUAUUUUAUUGGCUUUUCUUGUCGGAAUGGUUCCACCGAUUAAGUCUGUUGUUUAUGGUAAUGAGGCUCCUCUUGCGUUCCUCACGGAUAGUUUACAAAUUCUUGCUCAAGCUAUGGUGCCUUCAGUUAUGCUGAUUCUAGGAGGAAUGCUUGCUGAGGGUCCGAAUGAAUCUUUACUUGGGGUUCGAACCACCGUUGGGAUUACUGUUGCUAGACUUUUAGUCCUUCCUUUGGUGGGAACAGGAGUGGUCUAUUUGGCUGAUCAAAUGAACUUUUUAAUCCCUGAUGAUCAGAUGUACCGGUUCGUUCUUUUGUUGCAGUAUACAACACCAAGUGCCAUCUUGUUGGGAGCAGUUGCUAGCUUGAGAGGUUAUGCAGUCAGAGAAGCUUCAGCAAUGCUCUUCUGGCAACAUGUAUUUGCUCUGUUUUCUCUUUCAAUAUACGUUAUUAUUUACUUCAAGAUUCUGCUUUCUUAUGUCUGAGGUUUGUUGGAAACAUUCGUGCACUAUCGUGUCAAUUUUAGAGUUCCUAUGUAAUAAGCGACAUGGCAUAGUUGUGAUCAAUUCUCAGUGUCUCUACUUGUUUCAGUGCAUAAAUUAAUUAACUUAUGUACUACAGUAUAUAUAUGUAGUGUGUGCCUUACCUUUC